AUGCAACGAGUCGAAAGACCGCGCAGCGGAAUGUCAACAACUUCAGGUUACGGAGACCAUAGCCAGCACACUAAAAGCGGACCUUACCUUGAUGGCAAUCUCAAGUUGCUGGACACAAUUGACUGUGCCAAUGAUGUACUCUGUUGUCGCUUAAAUCACGACGGUUCACUGCUAGCCGUUGGUCUUGUGGAUGGCUCCAUCAAAAUCUAUGACGCUGUACAUGUUAGACUGUUACAUAGCCUUUCGGACGAGGAUACACAACGAAUGCGUCUCCCUGUCACGCAAAUACGAUUCAGAAUAUUUGGAGACAUGGACAAAGUGGAAUAUCAGAAUAUGCUCAUAGCUACCUAUGCCUCUGGCCUUGUGAAAAUCUGGCACUUCACCUCUCAAGCAUGCCUCCAUACCAUACACGAGGUGCGACAAACUCUAGCCCUUGCCGUCAAUCCACUUGGACAGAAAUUUGUUACAGCCGGUAGCGAUCAGCAGGUCCAUGUGUAUGAUGAGGAGACAAAGAUGAAAAUCAACACCCUAGAACCAAGUGACUCAAGAGAUAUCAUGGAUGGACAUCGUCAACGUGUAUACGCAGCCCAAUACCACCCAACAAAACCUAACAUAUUUAUCACUGGGGGCUGGGACGACACAGUACAGUUCUGGGAUGAUAGGGAAAGGCAUGCUGUCAGACAUUUCCAUGGCCCACAUAUUUGUGGGGAUUCCCUUGAAAUUGACACCGAACACAAUCACAUCCUUACAGGAUCCUGGCGGAAUGAUAAAGUUUUACAGAUUUGGGACUUCUCUUCAGGACUGCUUAUCAAAGAUGUGCCUCCAGAACCAUUAAAUGCUAGUCUGGUAUACUGCUGUCAAUGGCUAGGAAAGGACAGUAUUAUUGCUGGUGGUUCCUACAUGCAUAUGGCCCGAGUGAUUGACCGUGGGACACUUAAUACAACUGGUCAGUUUGUGGAGCUUCCCCAGGGUGUAUACUGUAUGGACAAUGACCGACAGGGUCAUCACCCAAAGAUUGCCAUUGGCAGCAGCCACAAUAUCUACCUUCUCCGAGGGGAAAAGAAAAGCUAAAU